AUGGAUCAAUCGAUAACUCUGAUUGAUGCUCAGGUGCACUUCCUGGAGGAACGGCUGGUGCUCGUGCACAUUCCUCUGGAGCUUUACCCGUACUUCCUAAAGCCGGUGCUGCGAUUGAUCUUUGAUGAAAUCACUCCGCUGGACGAAAGGGAAGAGAAUGAUGAUGAUAUCCUCGACGAUAUUGAAUAUCACUCUGAGAAGAAUUUGAGCAGACAGCCGGCAUUCCUGAAUGUCUCUAUCACCCCAGUGGAAGUUUCUAUCAUUUGUCCUCGACGCCUAGUCGACAAAUACUUCGUGCCUCUGAUGGAUCAACUCGGUCACCUGGACGGCUCCCUGCGGGAUCGCCUAGUCGUGAGCGAGAAUGAUUAUAUUGCCAUGCAAGUCCUCGGUCAAGGCCUCGAGGCUGGAAAGCGUGUUUUGGAACUGACCAGCCCGCUCGCACUGGCCGGAAUCUCCAUCUUUUUCAUUUCCACCUAUUUCUCGGACUAUAUUCUUGUGCCCCUUCAUAGCAAGAACAGCGUCAUGACCGCGCUGGAGAGCCGUGGGUUUCAAUUUGAUAACGCCACAGACACUUUUGUCAACAACCCUCUCAGCCCGACCACGGAACGACGCCUGAGUAGUCUCUUCCCCCCGGUCACCCCACCACCAUCCACAUUGAGUGAGCUACAAACACGCACUUUUGAGAGUCUUCGCAAACGCCAGAUCUCGCCCUACGUGGAUGACAGCCUCCGUCUGGUCCAAUGCGCUGCGCACCACCAGUACCAUCGCGAAGAAAGCUCCAUGUCUAUUCUACGCGAUGCCCUCACCACUGUUCUAUUAAUCGAUGAACCACGCUUUCUUUCUCUGACUCUUGCCGAUCUGGACCCUGCAGCAUCAUUGCUGCUUGAGGCGCGGCUUCUCCCCCGCUUUGCCCGUCAUACUUCCUCUCAUCAAGACUACGAAGACGGCUCGGGUCUGCUCCUAGGCUCCAAGGAAGACUACCUCAUUCCCAUCAUGCUCGAUCUGCGCGAUCUCUCCCUCGAGGCCACGGGUAUCGUGUGCGGUGUAGCUGGCAGACUUGCAGAAGCUGCUAAGCACACCGCGCAUGAGAGCAACCACACCAGCGACACUAGCCUCGUCGGUAGCCACGAGAGCAGUGUCAUUGGAUCUGUGCCCGCACUCUUCGACACUUUCGGGACUCGCUUGGCUCUCACUUCUGCAGACAAGAAGUCGCCGUCCCCUGCUCACAAUCUAACGUCCGCGCCCCAAUCCACCCAUCAUCUCAAGCCAGACCUGGACUUCUCUUCCGAUGCUGUCGAGAUUAGCUUCCUUAGCACUGCCCGUGCUGGAACUAUCAUCGUCGGCGAGGAUGAACUCCGUCGUGCCAUUGACGCGUUGGAGGCAGAGAAGAUGCAGGAGCCUCGUCCUGAAGAUGCACCGCUGGAUUAUGAGGCUCCCUCUGUGAGUGCAUGA